ACGGAAGACAUGAGGUUCCCAUUGGGUUAAGCUCCCCUCCAUACCCACUCCUAAAACCACAUUUCCGAUCUUUACAAACAGUACUGUCCUCUGUUACUUCAGUUUCAAAUCCAUGGCAUCGAUUAAGGUUCUGGGCUCAGUGCCGAGCCCAUACGUGAACCGGGUUCAAAUCGCUCUCAACUUGAAGUCUGUCGACUACGAGUUUCUGCAGGAGCAAGUUGGGUCCAAAAGUGAGUUGUUACUUAAAUCGAACCCGGUUCAUAAGAAAAUCCCGGUUCUAAUCCAUGGGGAAAAACCGAUUUGCCAGUCCCUUAUCAUUGUGCAGUAUAUUGACGAGGUGUGGAGCGAUGGCCCGAGUAUUCUCCCUUCAGAUCCGUAUGAUCGGGCCGUGGCCCGAUUCUGGGCUGCUUAUCUUGACGAUAAGUGGUGGCCAACAAUUAUGGUGCUUCGUAACGCAGUGGGAGAGGAGGCACAAGCACCAGCACUAGAGAAAGUUAUUGAAGGGCUCAUGCCAUUGGAGGAUGCUUUCGCCAAAUGUAGCAAGGGAAAAGACUUCUUCGGCGGUGACACCAUUGGAUACCUUGAUAUAGCCUUCGGCAGCUUCUUGGGGUGGAUAAGUGGGAUCGAAGUGAUUGCCAAUGUAAAGAUGCUCGACGAAACCAAGACCCCUGGUCUGUUCGAAUGGGCCAAGAUGUUUCGUUCGAAUGCUGCUGUGAAGGAUAUUAUUCCAAAAACAGAAGUGUUUGUGAAGGUAAUCAAGAAGUUUGCUGCUGGAGCCAACGCUCAAUAAUUUUCGGUUGUCACCAACUCAAAUAAAAUUGGGCUACUCAAGAUGGUCUUCUGAGUUUUGUUAUUCAAUAACUGUUCUUGUUUGUAGCAGUUUUUGGAGUAGUUUUUGCUUUUUGUUGUUUUAGAGUUUUGGGAAAGUUUACAAUAUACGCCCCUUAAAAUGGUGUUCCAUAUGCACCUAUUUUAUUAUUCAUUCAUAAAAUUUUAGUGUGUUUCGUAACUUUUGUUCUAUAAUUCAUAACCUUUCAACAA